CAGUGGUAGCGUGGCAGUGUUGUGAAGCGUCGGUGCAGCCACCCACCAGUCGAUCGGCUGGGCUACUUAAAAUUAUUAACAAAUCGCUGUUUUCAUGUGAAACAUCGUGCCAAAGUGCAAUCACGGCCGAGCCACAACGACGGGGCAUACGUAGAAAGUCAAAGAAGCAGCCUUAAAAACCGCUUAAAUGUCACAACACUCGAAGAAGGAGACGAGCAUCAGCAGCAGCAGUAGCAGCGGCAGUAGCCAUGCCUCCCACAACCACCAAAAUCAAUACCAAAACCAGAAUCAGAAUCAGAACAAUCGCCACAGCAACAGCAACUCCAACAGCACCACCAAGCUCCACAAGAGGCAGCCAGCGGUGGCGGCAGUGACAGCCAACGGCAGUGUAAAGGCCAACAACUCUAAUAGCCACAAUAGCGCCAUGCAGAAUCAACCGCUCCUGGGCAAAGCGGCGCCCAACAGUCGUAAGGACAAGAACCAAAAAGACAAGCAGCGGGAACGAGAGCGCGAGGAGCGAACCCAGCUGGUACUCUGGAGACGUCCUCUGCAAACCCUUAAGUACUGCGCCCUCGAGUUAACUGCCCUGCUGCGUACGUGGAGUGCCAGAUUGCUGCAGCAGCGACUCUUGCUGGCCGUUCUGAUAGUAUUAGGCAUCGCGUUAAGCUUAGUUUACAAAGUAGACGGACCCCACCAGCUGGCCAUUGAGCUUGUGCGGAGAAACACCUGGUUCUUCGUCUACUGGCUGGGCCUGGGCGUUCUCUCCUCGGUGGGCCUGGGCACUGGCCUGCACACGUUCCUCCUCUACUUGGGUCCGCACAUAGCCAGUGUCACACUGGCGGCCUACGAGUGCAAUUCGCUCCGCUUCCCCCAGCCACCGUAUCCGGAUGACAUCAUUUGUCCCGAGGAACCUUACGAUAAAAGAGUGCCAAAUAUAUGGUCCAUCAUGUCCAAGGUGCGCCUGGAGGCGUUCCUAUGGGGAGCCGGUACCGCCCUGGGCGAACUGCCGCCCUACUUUAUGGCCAAGGCGGCGCGACUAUCCGGCUACGAUCCGGACGAUGCCGAGGAGCUGGCCGAGUUCGAGGCCCUGAACGCCAAGCGCCACCAAAAGAACCUCAGUCUGAUGGACAAGGGCAAGCUGUUCAUGGAGCGGGUGGUGGAGCGAGUCGGGUUCUUUGGCAUUCUGGCCUGUGCAAGCAUUCCUAAUCCCCUGUUUGAUCUGGCCGGGCUCACAUGCGGCCACUUCCUGGUGCCAUUCUGGACCUUCUUCGGGGCCACUCUCAUCGGCAAGGCCGUGAUCAAGAUGCACAUUCAGAAGGUCUUCGUAAUCAUCGCCUUCAAUGAGACACUGAUCGAAAGGGCCGUGGAUCUGCUGGCCGGGGUGCCAUAUUUGGGCCAAAAGUUGCAGGAGCCGUUCAAGGCCUUCCUCAAGAACCAGAAGCAGCGACUGCAUCGUCGCGGUGGCGACGCCGUCCCCGCCGAUUCGGGCAACAUGCUGUCGAAGAUCUUUGAGACCUUUGUCAUUGGCAUGGUCUGUUACUUUGUGGUCUCCAUUGUUAACUCGCUGGCCCAGAGCUACCACAAGAGACUGCACAAGCGGGCCGUGGUACCGGCCGGUUCGACCCAAAAAACUGUGACAACAACCACAUCGCCAUCGGCGGCGUCAACCACGGCGUCGGUGAUCCCCAGGAAAGCCGGCAAGCAGAAGGCACUACGCGAUUAGAAAGAGAUAGCGUGAGAGAGAGAGAGAGAGAGAGAGAGCGGCAAUAUCCUAUUUGUAUGUUUUACCACCAAAAGCGAGUAACCUCUAGAGGUCUCGUCCCCAUUCUUUUAAAUUAUUUUGUGUUAUGGCUUUCGCUUUUAGUCAAAUUAUAACCGGAAGUAUGCGCGAUGCUGAUCAUUAAUUCUGUAUUUUGUAUGCAUGUGUGAGCGAAAUAGAAAGAGAGAGAGAGAUAGAUAGAGAGCAAGAGCGAGAUAGAUAUAGGAAGAAAGUUUUUUUGGCCGGUUCAGCCUGAGGAAUUUACCUUUAUAGUCUAGAUUAGGAGAAAAAAAUAAAAAAAAGUAACGUAAAUGCCCUUGAGUAGGAGGCAACAGCAGCAGCCAGAGAAGCCACUUUAGCCAGGAUCAGGAUAAAUAUACUAAAUAUAUAGAAAAGAUAAAUAUAUUUUAGUAGUUUACCAGAACAGCUCUUUUUUUUUUAAUUAUACAAAUGAUAGGAAAAAACAGCGAAUCGGAGAGCUGCUAGUCGCACUUAAUGAAAAGCAAAUUGUGCUAAAAGUUCUGCAAAAGACAAACAAAAACAAACACAAACAAGAAUAGACAUGCAUAAACAUGCCAGAACAAACAGAAAUUAGCCCAAAAUUUUUAGCCAGAAGUGAAAAAAGCAAAAAUAGAAGAAUAUUAAACUAAAACAGAAAACAUAAAAA